UACGGCACCUGUGACGUGGACGUCAAUAGCAAUGGCGGAUACAGAAGAAGUCGUCCAGGGCGGCUGGGACCGGGAGCUUGCUGAUGCCCUUGACUCUGGGGGCUGUGACUUGGAGACUGUGAGGAGCAUCAUCCAGGGCCGUGAGCUUCCGACUCGGCACAGAGCCAAGAUAUGGAAGAUCGCACUGAACGUGGCGGGGAAGGGGGACAGCCUGUCCUCGUGGGAUGGUUCUCUGGACCUCCCUGAACAGACGCUCAUCCACAACAGAUGCCUGCAGCUUAUUGAUAAGCUAGGGGUGUCCGAGGAGGAGCGAGCUGGCACACUGACUGACCUGGAGUCAGUCAUCACCUUCUAUUGCAAGUCUCGGAGCAUCAUGUUCACGGAGGAGCUCAGCUGGCCGGACCUCCUGAAGCCCCUGCUGGGCCUGCCACUGCCUCGCGGUGACCUCUACAACUGCUUCUAUGCCAUCAUGAACAAGUACAUCCCCAGGGACUGCGUUGUUAAGGGGAGGCCCUUCCAUCUCUACCGGCUGCUGCUGCAGUACCAUGAACCUGAGCUCUGUUCCUUCCUGGACACCAAAAAGAUCACGCCGGACUCAUAUGCCAUCCACUGGCUGGGUAGUUUGUUUGCUGGCCACUGCAACCCCCAGGUCACCCAGGCCUUGUGGGACAUCUACCUGCAGUAUGCCGACCCUUUCCUCAUCUUCUUCCUCAUGCUCAUCAUACUCGUCAAUGCCAAAGAUGGCAUUCUUGCCCAGCAGGCGGAGUGCAAAGAGGAGAUCAUCAAGACACUAGAAGAGUCCCCCAUUCACCUGGAGACGGAGGACAUCGAGGACCUGUUCUCACUGGCACAAUAUUACUACAGCAAGACCCCGCUGUCACUCAGGAAGGAGAACCAGAACCUGUUUGGCAGCAGUCUGGUGGCCCUGAAGGAGGAGGACAUGGACUUAAGCCAAGCGCUGUGUCUCCCUGUGUCAGUUCCUGAGCUCCUGCAAGCCAACCAGCUCCAGCCUAACGGCGUGCGUUUCUUUGUGGUGGACUGUCGUCCAGCAGAGCAGUACAAUGCCGGACACCUGUCCACUGCCUUCCACCUGGACUCGGACCUAAUGCUGCAGAACCCGGCGGAGUUCGCACUGUCCGUGAAGUCGCUACUGGAGGCACAGAAGCAGUCCCUGGAGUCGGGCUCCUUCGCUGGGGGCGAACACCUGUGCUUCAUGGGCAGCGGGCGUGAGGAGGAGGACAUGUACAUGAACAUGGUGCUUGCCCACUUCCUGCAGAAAAACAAGGAGUAUGUCAGCAUUGCCAAAGGUGGUUUUAUGGCAUUGCAGCAACACCUGGCUGACAUCAACGUUGAUGGCCCGGACAACGUGUACGUGCACUGGAUUGUCAGCACCUCUGGGCCCCAGAGCGGCCUCAGCACUGUGGAUGGGGAGAACCUGAACGGCGACGGCAAGGGCGUCAAGUCCCUAGUGAACAAGAUGACCUUUGCCCUCAAGUCCAAGUCCGUCAAUGUGAAGGAGAAGGUGAUCAGCUUCAUUGAGAACACGUCCACCCCAGUGGACAGAAUAUCUUUCACUCUGCCCUGGCCAGAGAAGGGGAUUCUGGACCGGCAUGUGAGCAGCAGCGACCGUGUUGGAAAACCCUACCGGGGCGUCAAGCCUGUGUUCAGCAUCGGUGACGAGGAGGAGUAUGACACAGAUGAGAUUGACAGUUCAUCUGUCUCUGAUGAUGACCGCAAGGAGAUUGUCAACAUUCAGACCUGGAUCAACAAACCAGACGUCAAGUACCAUGUGACUUGCAAUGAGGUGAAGGAGACGGGCCAUAUGUUCCCCAGCCAUCUCCUAGUGACGGCCACACACAUGUACUGCCUGCGUGAGAUCGCUUCUCGGAAGGGUUUCGCUUACAUCCAAUCAAGGCAGGCCCUCAACUCAGUGGUGAAGAUCACAUCCAAGAAGAAGCACCCUGAGCUCAUCACCUUCAAGUUUGGAAACAGCAACACACCCGGCGUAGAGAUGCAGGCGGUGGAGAGAUAUCUGAUACCGAACGCUGGCGAUGCCACCAAGGCCAUCAAGCAGCAGAUCAUGAAGGUGCUGGACGCCCUGGAAACCUAACGGUAAAGAAGACUGCAAGGGGGGGCCUCCGACGAUGGUGCGAGGAAUCACGAGAGGGGUCCGUGCCAGCGGAGGACGAGGCGUUCUCCGUCGUUCCCCACCACCUUCCACAUCAGACACAUGAGAAACCUGCAGUGAUGAUGGUCGACCCUAACUACCUGCUAGAUCCCAGUGAACGUUACACCUGAAGGGCUGUAUGUCCGUCAAUAAACGCUACCGGGCCCUACUGACUGCUCAUCUCCAAAUGAGUUUUAAGAUUCCUGCCCCGAGCCUCAGUGGGGAAAAGGUGAUCGGUGACCUAUCAACUGUUUUCUUCCUCGUUGAAAACACUGUUGGACUUCAUCCUAGAACAGUCCCACUUACUGGAAGAUAUGAUUGGAGAAGCAGUCAUUUACUACUCUUCCUGGUGACUUUUCUUUUUUUUUGUACGCUAUUAUUUAAGCCUCUUGUCUUGCCUUCUGCAAAUGCUAGAUGCAGAAAAUGCUAGAUGUUUCUGUGGGUGUGGACAGGUAGUUGUGGGGAGCAGUACUGUCGGAGGGGUUACUGCCCCCCCCCCAUUCUCACCCAAGAUGUCUUAACAUUGCGACCGUGGGCCAAAGACAUGUGGUGUUGAUGCUGCAGCACCCCCUAGGAGAGUGGUGGUCUAAGGGUGUGUUAAACUAUAACUAUAAUCAUGACUGCCCAUGACCCUGACGAGAAUAAUAUAGUUGGAGGAUGGAUGGAUAGUAAUGACUGAAAUAUCAGUAUUGAUGUGUGAUUUUGGUAAAGACAACCCAAAUGAAAUCUCAUUAAGAUGUAUUAUACAUACAAAAAUUAGGAUGCAGCCACUAGUAGACAGUUCUGGCUCAAUUAAGUGGGAAAGGCUUUAAUUUUGAUAGGAGUUUCAAGCUUGUUUUUGGGAUUUAGCAUUUAGCAUCCCCUGAGCAGAAAGAGCGGUGAGCUUUUUCCAACGUGUAUUGUAUAUACUGUAAGGUUUUGUUACAAAUAUAUGUGGCUUAAUUUUGAAGUUAAACUUGAGGGAGACUCAUACAAACACGUAAAGCACAUUACCUUUCAGGAGUCUGCGGCUUUGUAGAUAGGGAGUUUCCGCUACCUUCCGAACGGGUCCCGACUUUUUCCCCUUUUAAUUUAAUGACUAUUAUUAUUUGCAGUGAAAUUAUCAGCAGGAAUGAUGGUUUUGCAAUAAAAUAACCCGCGUUUAAAACAAGCGAGACAAAAGACUGGGUCAAUGUCCAUGUAGGCUUCGUUGAGUAGAAAGGCGACGGAAAAGGCAGCAGACUUCGACAAGGCCGCGAUCGCGCGCUCCUGGCACGAGCCAGCACUCUUAAAGCUACCGCGCCCUUUAUUUUACUCCACUCCCUCACUAGUGCUUCAUAUAUAGGGUUAGACGUUCAGCUCUUUAAAUCACUAAAAGCAAACACGGCGCCGCGUUCUCUGGCAGGGGAACGGGUCUAGCCGUACCGUCCCCAUUAACCUAUAAAGGGGGGGUGAGGCGGCAGACUGAUCCCGGGUUCGAGGGAGUCUCCCACACUAUGCAAACAAAGCGGUGCAGGAGGUGGACCAACGGAUAAGGCAUUGUGGCGAGUGUAUAGCAAUUCCCCUCAGCUUACAUGGGAAAUUAUAUAGACUCAAAACGCUUCAGUUUUCUAAAGUGUAUAAUCAUACAGUUUUACUUCUGUUAAAUGCACCUUAUCACAACUGUUUCUUUUUUUGGAACCUUUUUUUUGUUUUAAUAAAUUUACAGUUGAACCAAA